UUUUUUUUCUUUUAUCUCAUUAUAAUCUGCGGUGUUACAGCUUAGCUGCUGUAUCUUGGUGUUUUUAUAUUCAUCAUUCAGGGUCCUGAAGCUAAGGUGUAGAUCAGUUUAUAUAUAUAUUAUAUAUAUAGCGAGUCUUAACACACAAAACAAGGCCAACCAGAGACAGCCACAUAGAGGAUUUUGUUUAUUCGGAAGCAAGACAGUUUAGCAGUUUUGUGAGUUUGUUUUCUGCAGUGGCCUUUCAAUGGCUGCUUUUGUUGGGGCAGUGAAGCUCUUUUUGUGUUUGGCUCUUUGGCUUAACACUCUCUCUUCACUUCAAGGUGCCAAGGAUUUCUACGAAUUCCGGUACCCUUUCAUCAAAAGGGCAAGUUCAUUUUCAUCAUCAUCAUCGUUCUCAUCAUCAAACACUGAUGAAGUUUCCUAUGACUACAUAAUUGUUGGGGGAGGCACAGCUGGGUGUCCCUUAGCUGCCACACUCUCUCGAAACUUCAGUGUAUUACUCUUGGAGAGAGGUGGAGUUCCCUUUUCUAAUGCCAAUGUCUCGUUCCUCAGCAACUUCCACAUUGCCUUGGCAGACACUUCCCCAAGUUCUGCUUCCCAACCUUUCGUUUCCACUGAUGGUGUCCUCAAUGCUAGGGCUAGGGUUUUGGGUGGUGGCACUUGCAUCAAUGCUGGCUUUUACACCAGAGCGAACUCUGAUUUCAUCAGGAGAGUAGGUUGGGAUGCAAGGCUAGUGAAUGAGUCGUAUCCAUGGGUAGAGAAGCAAAUUGUUCACCAGCCUAAACUAGCAGGAUGGCAGGAUGCCUUCAAGGACGGUCUUCUAGAUGUUGGGGUUGCACCUUAUAAUGGAUUCACCUACGAUCAUAUCUAUGGCACUAAAGUUGGAGGUACCAUUUUCGACCGGUUUGGGCGUCGUCACACUGCAGCUGAACUACUUGCUACUGCAAAUCCCAAAAUGCUUACUGUCUUGGUAUAUGCCACGGUCCAAAAAGUCUUGUUUGAUAAAACAGGGAAGAGACCGAGAGCAAUGGGAGUGAUUUUCAAAGAUGAAAAUGGGAACCAGCAUCAGGCAUUUCUCACAAACAGCCGAAGGAGUGAAGUAAUUUUGUCAUGUGGAGCAAUUGGAACUCCUCAAAUGCUAAUGCUCAGUGGAAUUGGACCGAAAGCAGAACUCGAGAAGUUGAACAUUUCCAUGGUUUUGCACAACGAGUUUGUUGGCAAAGGCAUGGCCGAUAAUCCCAUGAACUCAGUUUUUGUCCCCACUAAUCGACCCGUGGAACAAUCCCUUAUACAAACUGUAGGCAUUACGAAGAUGGGAGUGUACAUUGAAGCUAGCAGCGGAUUUGGACAGUCCCCAGAUAGCAUUCGCUGCCAUCAUGGAAUAUUGUCUGCGGAGAUUGGGCAGCUGUCUACGAUUCCUCCAAAGCAAAGAACACCAGAAGCCAUUCAAGCUUUCCUGAAAAGAAAGCGAGACCUACCACAUGAGGCAUUCAAGGGAGGUUUCAUUUUAGAGAAGAUUGCCAGUCCCAUUUCCACGGGCCAUCUCAACCUGGUCAACACCAACAUAGAUGACAAUCCUUCGGUUACCUUCAACUACUUCGGCCACCCACAUGAUCUGCAGCGCUGUGUUGAUGGGAUCCGCAUGGCUGCGAAGGUUAUACAAUCAGACCGUUUCACAAACUUCACAAAGUGUGACAAACCAACUGUAGAGAAGCUUCUUAACAUGAGUGUGAAGGCAAACAUUAACCUUAUUCCGAAGCAUACUAAUGACACUAAGUUCCUACAGCAGUUCUGCAAGGACACUGUGAUCACAAUUUGGCAUUACCAUGGAGGGUGCCACGUUGGCAAGGUGGUGAAUCCUGACCACAGAGUUCUUGGCACCAACAGACUCCGAAUUGUUGAUGGCUCCACUUUCAGUGAAUCUCCAGGAACUAAUCCUCAGGGCACUGUCUUGAUGAUGGGCAGGUACAUGGGAGUCAAGAUUUUGAGAAGAAGACUAGGAAGAGCUGCUGGUGUGUAACGACAUGAAGACCAACUGGUAGCAUUUGAAAGAGCAACGUUUGUUUGCAGCAGUAGGAACGGAAUGUGAUUUUGCUUUUCUUAGCAAGCGCGUAAGUAUGUAGAAAUUAGGCUUGCCUUGGAAAUUACCAAAUUUCCAAUAGAUUUGUGCGGUUAAUUUAUAUUUUAUGUCAUGAACUCGUCUUGACUGUGCUCCUAAUGGUUGGUGCCAAGAUUGAUGAAAACCCAAAAAAAAAAAAAUGCGUUUUGGAUA